GUGGAGACUAGAGGAGACUAACGGGAGGCGCAGGAUUUGGGUGUCGAGAUGGGGACAACCGUGGAUGUGUUCCGCGUAGCUCUGCUCUUCCUCAAUUUGGGGCUUCGUUACUCCCUACCGGAGGUCAUCAUCAUAGGAGGUCUUUUCGAAAAUUUCGACGAUGACCGGGAGAUGGCGUUCCGGUAUGCUGUGGAUCGGAUCAACGCGGAUGAUGCCGUGCUUCCCAAAUCCAAACUCUCCGCGAAGAUCGAACGCCUGAAGCCCCAGAGUAGCUUUCAUGCCGCUAAAUCAGUGUGCUUCUUGGUGGGUGAAGGGGUUGUGGCUAUCUUUGGACCGAAUUCUGUGGCUUCCAGUGCCUUAGUGCGAUCCACGGCGUCCGCCCUCCAUAUCCCUCAUUUAGAAUCUCACUGGGAUUUGGAAAGAGGUGCUAAAGCUCCGUUCACCAUUUCCUUGUUUCCUCGAAGCCUUGGAACAGCUAUCUACGAUUUGGUGAAAUCCAAGAAUUGGAGAUCCUUUACCAUCAUUUACGAAGAUGCGGAAGAGCUGAUGAAGCUGCAGGAGUUGAUGAAACUGAGAAAUAACAAGGAGGUGAAAAUAUCUUUACAGCAGUUCACAGUUGACUUUCAAUACAAUAAAAUUCUUAAGGACAUAAAGAAAAAGGGAGAGACCAAUAUCGUCCUGGAAGUUCCAACUUCACGUAUUAAGGACGUCUUGUCAGAAGCACAGAAAGCUGGGAUGCUUACUGAAUAUCACAAUUACCUGAUAACAUCUUUAGAUUUUCAUACCUUGGAUUUAACUCCAUUUCAGCACAGUCGCUCUAAUAUAUCAGCGUUCAGAAUCGUCUCACCUGAAAGUCAGUAUUACGGUAGAGAAGCAAGAACGUGGAUUUUUGGUCGCAAGGAAAACUCUUUGAAGAAGGAAAUACCAUUGACAACGGAGACUGCUUUGCUGGUCGAUGCUGUGAAUUUGUAUGCCAAAGCAUUGCACGCUGUGUCCGAAGUACAAACUAUAUCCAGUCGUAGCGUGUCUUGCGACAGCCCAGGGCUUUGGCCAUACGGAUCUGAUUUAAUAGAAGCCAUAAAAAAGGUCCGCUUUAAAGGACUAACAGGCGAUGUUCAAAUCGGCAAUCAAGGGCAACGUAUACACUUCACCUUCGAUCUUCUGGAAUUAAAGCCGAAGGGGACCGUCAAGGUAGGCGAAUGGGAUACGAAGAAUCAUCUCGUUUAUACCAGAAACUAUUCCAAAGAUUACUCUGAAGCAAAGGACAAUCUGCAAAACAUAACGCUACGUGUAACUUCUAAGGAGAGUUUUCCCUAUACAAUAAUAAAGAAAGGGGACUAUCUGUCUGGAAAUCAAAGAUAUGAAGGAUUUUGUGUCGAUUUAAUCCAUGAAAUAUGUAACCGCCUGCAUUGUAAAUACGAAUAUCGAAUAGUAGCGGAUGAAAGCUAUGGAAAGAAAUAUGAUAAUGGUACAUGGGAUGGAAUGAUUGGUGAAGUUAUCAAUCGAGAAGUUGAUCUUGCGAUUGGGGAUCUAACCAUCACUCAAGAAAGGGAAGAAUUUGUUGAUUUCACCAUGCCUUUUAUGAAUCUCGGAAUAAGCAUUCUUUUUAAAAAGCCCACCAAGAGCAAUCCAAAAUUAUUUUCAUUCUUGGCGCCUUUUUCUUUUGAAGUGUGGGUUUAUAUGGCCACAGCCUACUUAGGAGUUAGUUUGCUACUCUUCGUACUGGCCCGAUUUUCUCCAUACGAAUGGGUGAGCCCUCAUCCAUGUAAUCCUAAAACAGAAUACUUAGAAAACACUUUUUCUCUACUCAACAGUUUUUGGUUCACCAUUGGUUCUUUGAUGCAACAAGGAUCCGAUAUAGCUCCCAGGGCUACUUCAACACGAACGGUUGCUGCCUUGUGGUGGUUUUUCACUCUAAUCAUGAUUUCAUCCUACACAGCAAAUUUGGCUGCAUUUUUGACAGCUGAACGAAUGAAAAGUCCCAUUGAAAGUGCAGAUGACUUAGCGAAACAAUCAGAAAUACAGUACGGAUGCGUAGAAAGAGGAUCUACUCGAUCAUUUUUUGAGUCUUCUCAGUUGCAACCUUACAAAAGAAUGUGGUCAGUAAUGCAAUCAGCUCAACCGAAUGUAUUUACUAAAGACAACCCUGAAGGCAUUGAAAGAGUGAGAAAGGGAAACUAUGCUUUUCUUAUGGAAUCGACCACCAUUGAAUAUUACACUGAAAGAGAUUGCGAUUUGACUCAGAUAGGAGGCUUACUCGAUUCGAAAGGGUAUGGGAUAGCAACGCCACCUGGUUCCCCAUACCGGGCUUUGAUUUCCAGCGAAAUUUUGAGACUUCAAGAAGAAGGCUUCCUUCAUGUACUAAAAGAUAAAUGGUGGAAAUCAGAAACCAAGUGCAAAGAUGAAACUAAAAAGAAAACGUCGUCUGCCAGUGAAUUAGAUUUGCCAAACGUCGGUGGCGUGUUUGUAGUUCUGCUUGCCGGACUCGGAAUGGCUGCUAUUGUAGCUGUUUUUGAAUUCAUCUGGAGAACGAAAAAAAUACCUCGGGAUGAGCGAAGGAUGGUACUCCUGGAAAUGCUACACGAGUUGCAAGACAUCUGCAAAUGUCGGGGCUCCAGUCGUCCAGCCCCAAACUAUUUGGACGGGGACUUCUCUCCUGGUAGCACGGACAAUGGAUUCGUGAUGCAUUCAGCGACCAGCUUCAACACUGUCUCCAGCCAGGACUUCCUGUCAUGACUUCCGGUCCAGUUGACUCUUUUAUCAUUAGUAGAAAUCAUAGACGGAACCCUGAUGACGUUUUUAAAUUCGUGUACAAUCCUCUCCCACCAGUAUCAAAAACCUUCCAUCAUUCGCAAAAUAUCAACUGUCAUUUUUAUCAUUUAUAUUUUUAUACUUUUGUUUAGAUUCGUCACUUUUUUUCCUUCUUUUUCUCAUAUUUUCUAUUCAUAUGACCACUGAAAGUCAGCUGCAAACUCAUUACUGUUUGUUUCAUUAGUGGAGAAUCAUCAUCUCUUCUAAAUACAAAAUACUAACUACCACAUUUUGUGCAGGCUUCCAAACAACAGAAAUUAUGGAACUGAAAACUGUUUAUGAAGUAUGUUUUUCAGUUUUCACCUUUUUUGAAAACUUGGACAUGCAACGGUUCGUGUAGGAUUUCAAUCCGAAACUUUGUAUAAUACAUGAAUAUAAAACUGUACUUUAGAAAAUAAAAUUUUGUGAAUGUUUGUA